AAAUCUUGAAGGCUAUGCUUUUGCUGGUUGAAUUCAACGGAACCGAUUUUGAGACGCGGAAACACGUCAUGCGUCGGGUUUCGGAUACCAUCUACUAACAUUUUUAUUUUCAAAAAAGCAUGGUUUCAACCACGAGCCGUCAGAGGUGCUGCAAAGCAACCUCCCCGCCCUCCCCGCACGAUUGUACGCUACUGUACGAAGCCCGACUUGUACACCGUACCUGAAAGGUAGCGAAAGCCAGCUUCGACUCCAUCCAGCAGAGGCCAGCAGCAUCUGUCGGUCUUCUGUGAGCAUCUAUCCACGGGGGCCAUCAUAAGAGCUAUGGAAGUGUGACGCGUGUUAUAUGUAGGCAUGCUCUACGGCCUGUGUGGCCUUGUGUAUGUGUUACCUGCGUCGUUUCGGCGUACCGCCUCUGUUACGCGGCGCCGUUUGGCACUUAUGCGCAUAGAUUUGUUCGAGCGGGCGCUCAGCGCGCCACGAGUACCGCCCGCAUCGUCUCCGAGGGCCAUGGAUGUGCCGCCUCGGUGGUGACCAACCGUGUCGUCAGCGCUGUGUGCCGCCGAGUUUGAUUUUCUGUCAAGUUGGCAAGCGUGAUCCGCACGAAGCCAUGGAUGAUCCGCUCGUUACCCGGGUCACCCCCCGGGCCAAAGUCCUGUCCGCCCUCUUCUACGGCAUCGUUUCGUUCCUCAUCAUUGUCAUCAACAAAAUCGUGCUCACUACCUACGGGUUUCCAUCGCCGCAUUUCUUGGGGGUCGGUCAGAUGGUUAUCACCAUUACCCUGAUAUGGGCAUUAAGGCAAGCAGGGUUCAUAGAUUUUCCAAACGUAUCGUUCGCCACAUGCGCCAAGAUACUGCCUCUUCCAAUAUUCUUUGGAGCCAAUCUAGUGUGUGGCCUGGGAGGCACACAAAAAAUUAGCCUACCAAUGUUCACGGCAUUACGUAGGUUCUCCAUUCUCAUGACAAUGAUCGGGGAAUACCUAGUGCUGAGGAAAAGGCCCCAGACGGGCGUUGUGAUCUCUGUGUUUGCCAUGGUGGGAGGGGCAAUGAUUGCUGCCUGCAAAGACCUGUCCUUCGAUCUUGGUGGCUACACGCUAGUCCUGCUCAAUGAUUUUUUCACUGCGGCCAACAUCAUAUGUGUUCGCAAGGUUGUCGAUGCUAAGGACCUCACCAAUUAUGAGCUUCUCUUCUACAAUGCCUUGCUCAUGGUGGUGCCUCUAGCUCUUAUGUCAUGGGCUAUCGGCGACUUGAAAAUGGCGCUGGAGUUCCCCCGAUGGCUUGAGCCCGGCUUUCUCGGUGCCUUCCUCAGUUCCUGCCUCAUGGGCUUCAUGAUCAUGCAUGCCACGGUACUCUGCACGGCGUACAACUCUGCCCUCACCACCACCAUAGUCGGCUGCCUGAAGAACAUAAUGACCACAUAUGUUGGAAUGUAUGUUGGUGGUGACUAUAUCUUCAACCUAUCCAACUUUGUCGGCCUUAGUAUUAGUGUUGGCGGGAGCCUGCUGUAUUCCUAUCUCACCUUUGUUCAGAAGCAGAGCGUGCAACAAAUGCCCACGACACAGUCAAAGUUGCUUGAAGUCUCAGAAUAUGAGGAACCCUGUGUAAGUUCUCAAGGAAAAGAAGGUGUGCUAGAAGAUGAGGGCUGUCUGCUUUCUAGUACUGUUGUCAGUGAUAUCAAAGAUUUUAAGGACUCUCAACACUCUGCUGUUGAAUUUUGUGGUACCCACAAGAUGAUGUCAUUCAUGGGUAUCAAGUUGAAGAACAAGUGAACAAAUCUAGUGCACACUAUCCUGCAUCUGGAACUAAUGUGCACCUUUCUAGAUCAAAGAGCCUUGUUUUGAACUUCUUCACCAUGCCGACUGCUGUUGCAGGCUUGCAUGUUUUUUUUCUGUGUUAUUCUAGAUCCAAGCUCAUUUGUGCUUCAUUUGGGUGCAUAGAGACAGCCAUUUUUGCGUUUUAUACACAUUCUUUACAUAUAACCGAUUGCUGAAGGAUCUUGUUUUGCAGUCUGCCCUUUUGCAUGUCUGCAGUGUUGUUGCAAGGAGUAAAAACGAUGUUGAAACAAA